GUCAUUUUACUCGUUCCUCAAUCCUCAUUCCCCGCACUCGGAACUGCUCCCUUUGGGAGGAACCCUAAGUUGAGCUCUUUCCAACUGGGCGGCGGCACCUAUCAGAACACAAAAAGAGAAGCGACGGCGGGUGGCGGCCGGGGGAAAGUGAGGCGAGGGCGCCUCUUGAGGUGGAGACGGGGACGGGGACGGAAGAGGGGAAUCCGGCAAGUCCACCGAGCAGCAGCCUGAAGCUCUUUCUUGCUGCACCGAGAUCCAGAGUAAGGUUCCAGUCCCCCCUCCCCAUCCUCGUGGCAUGACUCCUGAGAAGCUCGAAGACUUUCAGGGGCGGAUCAUAAAACUGGAGCGGGAGGAUAUGCCUAACCAGUCGGACACAUUGGAUGGUGGUGGCGAUGGCGCAGAGGAUGCGAUGGACAGGGGCAAAUCUGUUGUCUUGGAGGAGGAUCAGUCUGAAGAUGUCUCUUGCAGCCCUGAGAUCCAGAGUAAGGUUCCAGUCCCUCCUCCUCCUCACGGCAUGAAGAAGGGGGAUCACAAGGGUCCGGUCAUCCCUCCUGAGAAGCUCAAGCAAUUGGCGGGGCUGCGAUCAGAACUGCUUAAGGAGGAGAAAACGCUGUUGGCCGAUUUUCGAAGACGGAAGGAGAGAGCACUGGAGGAGCAUGAGAGGACCGAAGGUGACUCGUUGCCGUGGACGCCGAGCGUGGAAUAUGUAUCAGUUGUGAGUGGUAUUUUGGAUGACCUCGACCGAAACAGAGAGAAACAGAAGGAGGUCAAUCCUGUUUUUUUCGAAGCCAUGGAAGCUUUGUCGGCUGAAGUGGGGCGGAAGAAGAGGACCAAGUUGCGGAGGGGCAGCGGCAAAUCCCUCUUGGAGGAACCAGUUCUUUCUUGCGGCUCUCUGAUCCAGAGUGAGGUUCCAGGUCCUCCUUCCCCUCCUCCUUUACAACAGCAGAGGCAACCAUCUGUGUAUGACUGCCAUGAGAUUUAUCCGGAAGGUGCCCAUGAGGAUGAGGCGACAACCAUGGAGGCGCAUUUCAAAAAUUUGGACUUGUCUGGAACCAAAUUAGACGACGGGGAAAAGGUCGAGGCGAGGACGCAGCAGCCUGAAGUUAUUUCUAGUCGACCUGACAUCCAGAGUAAGGUUCCUCCUCGUCGCAGUAAGAAGGGAAAAUCCUUCGUGGAGAAGCAGUUGAUUGGUCCAUUGCCUCGUGAGACUGAGAUGCAGUCUCAACUUCCUUCCCGCGGGCCUGAUACCGAGAUGCAGUCUCGUGGCAGUAAGAAGGGGAACCGCGGGGGUCAUAAGAAGGGGAAGCACGGAGGUUGUGCUGCGGCUCCACCUGCAAGGCCCCAACACCAUUCAGCCAUGGAUCUGAAGCAGGUCCAAGGCUCCAAUGAAUCCAAACUGUGUCCAUGUGAUCAUGAUAUGAAGAUGGAGAUGGACACCCAUGGUCUUCUAUCUGGUUGGUCUUUGCAGCGACCGUGAGUCCCAUGCACUUCACCCACUGCACACCUGGAUGCGACCCAGGAGAUGCCGCCAUCGCCGGGGCCACCCUGCAGAUCUUCACCAUCAAGCUCGAGGAGUUAAAAGGCGGCCUUGAGUGGCCAUUAUCUGUGUAUGGUGUGGUUGCCGCUCGAGACUGUGUGGAUCACAGCCGCAACCUCCUCUUCUCUUGCGAUAGGUGGAGGUCGCAGAAGCUCAGUCAGGACGAUCCUUUCUUGCGCUUAAUUGGCCCGUCUCGUGCCAUUGUGUUUACCGAUGAUGUUUACUUUGAAACCGAGCUAAGAGUAAAAGGCAAAACAUUGUCUCAAGAUAUAGCAUUGAUUAGUGAGAGGCGCCAUUACAGCGGAGGACGUACCAUUUCCUUCAGCAACUGCUUCUGCAGAAUAGAGUUAUGCAUGGAGCGAAUUCAUGAAACUGUUCAGGCCACUAUAUUGGGUGUCCGUGUCAAAAAUGGACCAUGGCCUUUCGAUUACGGCGGUAAAGUGGCUUGCCUCUCACCACCGCGGACAUAUAAGGUCACUGAUGGUAAAGUCUUUUAUACUACUCAUGCCCCAUCCAUGGAAGUUGUGAUGCUUGCUUCACGCGGUAGAACAAUGCCUAAGGGUUCAUAUGGUUACCUUCUUCUAUCAAGGCAUGUAGUUUCUGUAGAAUUGGAAGGAAGCCUGAAUGUUGUCAUACAAGCCUACUCAGAAUCUGGUGAUAUCACCGCACAGGGUGAGGUUUGCUUCACGCCCAAAGCUUGCAAUAUAAGUCAGGAGACAUGUUUCUUGGGUGACAGUGACCCUAAGGUGGAAGUGGAGAUUACUGUCGCUUGGUCUCUUCUUGUUUCGAACAGGCGUCAUUUGAUGAUGAAUGGAAUGGACUUUAACGAAUUGAAAGAAGCGGUCAGUGGGAUGGGAGUUUGAAUGUUGUGAAGAUGAUGGCUAAAGAGAGGCACUACAGAUCUCUAUUUCCUCUAAAUUUAUCUGUCCGGUCUGUCGAAGUGCCUUUGUAUUUCUGCAUCUAAUAGCAGAUAUUUAUGUUUAAUGUCCAGCAAUUCGGCUAUUAAUCUGCAUGUUAUGUAGGCAACCGUAUGUGUACAACUUGCAAGUUAUGUUGUGUUUUUUCUUU